AUGAGCAGCGACUGGCGACAUCCCAUAGUCGACCUUACCAACGAUGACAGAGCAGAAAGCGACGAGGGCGCGCUGUCCCCGCUGCCCUUGGCGACACCCACACACCCCUCCGUGAUGUCUUUACCUCCCUUGUCACGACCACCUAUUACCACGGCGCGACCCCUAUAUACAUAUCCAUAUACCGCACUCCCCGGGAGCAUACCGACGGCAACGAGCACGACCAGUAUGGGGCGCAAUGGCGCGGCUCCGAGUAGCUACGUACCGCUGCCUGGAAAUGCGCACAAUGGAGCGAGCAACUCAGGUCACCCUGAGAGGCCAGUAAAGAGGAUGAAGAUGUCCGCAGGUGUAUCCAAAGGCUCAUCAACGCUGCCUACCCAGAGUACACCGAAGCCAGUUCCAAAUAGAGGGAUUCCGCCCGCGGCACAAGCGGCAAAUAUGGACAAGUUCAGACUUUCAAGCGCUGUUCCCGUGUCGAGACCUAGUGCUGCGAAUAAUUCUCCGUCCGUCCAAGAUAUCAAUCGAGCGUUCAAGACGAACACCGAGCCUGCGAAUCUACUGGGAAAUGUCCAGGGGAACAGAACGCGCGCACUGCAUAUCGGUCGCCAGACGCCGUCAGACGAGGACAAAGAUAGUGUCUUGUCCGACGUCUCGUCCUCAGCAGAACCUGUACCGCAACAGACAUCAAAUGUGAAAGCAAAAGACGGAUACGUUCAAUCUGGGCUUGGACCAGCAGUCACCGCAUUUCAUUCAUCGGCUCUCCGAAAGGGCUCAGACGUAUCUGCGCCUCCAUCCUCUACUGGGCGAAAGAAAACAGCGAACCCAUUCGAUUCUGAACAGGAUCAAUACCUCAUCUUCCUGAAGGAAGUUAAGCAGUAUUCAUGGGCAAAAAUCACGUCAGAGUACAACAUGGACAUGCCUACACGCCAGUACUCCGCACUCCAAUCUCGCUAUUCGACGUUUCUGAACAAGAGAGACAGGUCGAAAGAUCCUCCUACAUUGAUACUACCCCUUCGGUGGGCUGCAGAAGCAACUGUUGAUUGGAAUCAGAUCCAUGGUACCAGUACUUUAUCAAGAGGACCGCGAAACAACGAGUCCGCUAUUCUUCGCCUGCCCCGGCAUCAUGAACGGGUAAAAUUCAAACAUCUACCCAUUCAGCAGACCAUCGAACGGGACUACUCUUCAGGAGGAGACUCUGCGCCUCAUCGAGAACGGUCACGACGUGCGCAGCGAGUCAACUACACAUGGCCAAAGCAACGGAAUAUUGCUGGCGAUGGGAUCGAAGCGUACGCUGAAGACAUGUAUGGAGCUCUGGCGGACGAGUCUGGUCCUACUCGAUCAGAGACGACUCCGGAAGACGACGCACCUUUACCUAAUGAGGCUAUCGCCGUCGAUAACGAGCCGAUGCAAAUCCAGUUCAACAAUGAUAAUGCUAAACUGUGUUUGAGCCUACAUACGAAGUCAUGUGGUGGUCAAGUCAGGAAAGUGCCAUAUCUGAGUUCGUCACAACGCUUGUCAAUGCAAAGUCCAACCGACGGGGACUGGGAUCAGUUGUCUAGUCGCGACUGGCAAGGUAUUCUGCUUCACGUUGACUUCAGUCCGGCUGAGAUCAAGACAGUCGAGAAGGCUGUCGCAUCAGCGAAGGGCACGAUGUCGCGACACAGUACGGAAGCAAGGCGACUUCGUGAUCUUUUAAAAGGUUAUACGGAUCCACAGGCCCUCCGACUGGUUGAGAGCCUUCGUUCACGCCUGCCCUGUCGAGACCGAGGCAGCAUCCAAGCCUUCAUACAGGACGCAAGAGCCGGAAAUAUCGCUGAAGUGCCGCAGAUACAGCGGCUUGCAGCUGCGCGGCCAAACACAGCGAUGCACUCGGUUCAGAAGAUAUCGACGACAUCGAUCAUGCGUCAACGCGAGCUCGGCCGCCAGUCGAGAAGAGGCUGGCAGGCGGCAUCCAGACCUCUUACGUAUCAAGUCACGAACAAGUAUAUGGACACAAUGGGGCCAGCAGCAUGCUGGACGGGCGCUUCGAGCGAUAUCCACACUGUAGCAUGGGCGCCAGAUGGCGAGCACUUCGCGGCUGGUGCUGUCGCUGUUGAUGAUCCAGACUCUAUGCAGUACAACCGACCGAACAAUCUCCUCUUCGGUAGUACCAUACAUAGUACGAUACACGAACUAGCGGAACACUACAAAAUCCGCGAGAAGACUGAAACUGGCGCCAACUCAAGCCAUGCCAUGUUCGCAUCUCAGGAUCCAAAGUUGUACGCAACAGUCACUUCUGUAGCUUUCUCGAACAGUAGCCCUUUUAUGUAUUCAUCGGGCUAUGACGGACACGUCGGUAUCUGGAGAACGGACACAGAGUCCGUCCAGCCUGUCUUAACUGCUAAGCUUAAUAUCAGAGAAAAGAUCGACAUCCUGUCGGUCAACCAGAUGCAAUCCGGGGUUAUAGCAACAGCAGCGAAGGCAUUGAACGAGAAGGCAAUCAGAGUACUCAAGAUAGACGAAGGUGAGCCGCGGCAGUUCGAGAAAUGGAGCUUCCACUCAAACAAGGCUGUCAAUCGCGUGGACCUAAGAAUUCUCCCUUCCGCUUUGCAAUUUGAACCAAGAUAUGGUGGGCUUCUACUUGCAGGCUUUGGUGCUAAUAUGAAAGAGACGGGCCUCGACAUGACUGGCGACCUAUGCUUGUGGGAUGUCGAGACGCAGGCUCCAUACUACAUUCAUGGGUCUAACAAGAACGUCUUCGAUGUCACCUUCAACCCGAACCGUUCUAACAUGCCAUUGUUUGCCGCUGGAUGUGUAGCAGCAGGAUCACGUGCCAACCGUGGCACACGCUCAACAGUCCGCCUCUACGAUAUAAGAGAUGACAACAAGUUUACAUGUCCUUUGGAGUUCGAAUGCAAAGCUCUGGAUAUGAAUGAUAUCAUCUGGUGUCCUCAUGACGAGUAUCUUAUCGCGGCUGGCUGCACAGAUGGACGGGCUUACGUCUGGGAUGCGCGUUGGCCAGAUGAUCCGCUCCGUAUCCUCUCUCACAGCAAAUCUUUGAUGCCUUUACAGGAGAACAUUAAGCAUGAACUCACAGAUACGGGCGUCCGCUUCUUGUCGUGGGGUGAAAAUGCGACGAGACUCUACUCUGGUUCAUCCGAUGGUGCAGUCAAGGUCUGGGAUGUUACACGCGCUGAAGAGAACACGUUCAUCAAAGACUUAAUCAUCACUGACUCUGGCAUCAUGUCUGCUGCAUUCAGUGCGGACUACAGCAAGCUUGUCGUUGGCGAAGUCAACGGUUCAGUCAACAUUCUUGAGGUUGGUAGGGACGAUACUACCAUCAAGGACGCGGACAGACUACGAUAUAUGCCAUAUCAAGAUGAUGAGCAAGACGGAAUCAAGGACCAUGAGAUUGGCAACAUGAAUCGUUCAGCACCCGAGUCUGGCAUCGCGGAAGGCAAGUAUCUGCUCCAAACUCGGCAACUGGAGCUCGCACCUAUGGGAAGUCUGCCGAUCCGUCAGGUUGUUCAAGGUCAAAACUACGCCGGUCCAUUCGAUCAGGGUAGCGGCGCACCAUUCCUCCGCGAACAAGCGCUGCAGUUCCAGCUCGGUCUUACAACACCGCCAAGCCCUCAGUGUGAUAUCCCUGCCUGCGAAGACAAUCUUAGCAAAGUCACCAGCGAGGACGUCGGUGACUCCGGGCGAAGUGCAGACCGCAUUCCUGAUGAACUGCGGCGUCAAUGGAAAGCCACUGACACCAAAGGUACUAUUAUACCCGGCAAGUCGAAGUGCACACAAUGUGGUCGUCCAGCCCGCCCGUCUAUGAUCGACCCUCGCAACGCCGUCUUAUGCGAGCGCUGUUCUUUCGCAUGCUUCCGUUGCGGAUCUGUCAACCCUAUCGCCGCGGCUACUACAACGCUCAUUUGCGACUCGUGCGCUGGUAUCUGGGAAAUUGGUAUCCUUGGAUAUGAGUGCGUUCAGCAGCCGCAGUCUCACCAUGUUCGUACUGAGUUGGAUGUUCCAGCAUUAAACAAGUGGGACGAGGAAGCUCAUGCAGACAAGCAAGAAGACUUCGAUACAGCCCACGGCGACGAAAUGAACGCGCUCACCGACUACUAUCUGUCCUUGGCUAUCGAUCGGCCGGAGAGUCCGUCGUUGUAG